AUGGUUGUCAAGAAAAAAGGAGGAAGAGGAGUGGCAGAUAAUGAGAGAAUAAUCGCUGAUGUGGUUUACGGUCUUCAAACAACAAAUGAGAGAAUAGGAGACAAGAAUUUGACUUACAUGUCGUGUCAUGUACUGGAGUGUCUUGCAGGUUUAGCCCAAGAUGUCAUUACGACGGUUGGUCAAGCGUUUGAAAUCAGGUUCAAGGACUACCUUCGCAAUCCACCACAAGUCUUCAGUACCCCUGACAGAAUGGAGGAGCCUUUAUUUCAAGAGGAAGAGUCGGCUUGGGGCGAUGAUCCCGAUUAUUACAACGACAUCAGUAAACUCAACGUGACGCUGCCAGACAGAGUCGUUCCUCCGCCACCCUCAGGCCAAUACAUGCCAACCAGCCCAACAAGACAACAGCCUUACCAAGAACUUAUUGGGCAGCAGGCAUCAGGGGGCUCUUCCCCUGCCGCUCCCCCUCCCGGCUACACUGCCAAUCCCCCAUCAUAUCUUGACAGCAACCACCACCCUUCAAACAGCAGCCCGACAUCGAGUAACCCCAGAGGUCCCCAGGGCCCCGGCCCAGGCCACCAGCCCAUGACGGGGAGGUUAAUCGAUAUAGACAACGAGCCCCCCAUCUACGGGGCGACCGCAGGGACGCCCUCGCCCACGAGGAACAACGUACCAACAGCACUGGACAACCCACUUCAAAGAUCAUCAAGACAUACCAGCUCCUCCUCACCCCAUCUUAGUCCGCAACAUAGUCCCAUCCACAACAACAACGUCAAGAAACCAUCCCGCAAGGCCAAGCGGAGAACCCCGUCCCUCUACAACAACCCACCGACCAAGGAGGACGUCGAGGCCAGCCUCCUCCCGCUGGCCAAGCAGCUCACGCCGGCAGAGAGGAACCACUACCAGAACGUUAUAGCCAGUCCCGACUGGAAGAAACUGGUCGAUUCCGGUUACGACAACCUCCGGAUGCUCAACAUCUGGAAGCAGAGCAAGUCGGUGAUGCUCCACAAAGGUGGUGAUGAUGAGGCGGAAUAUGCCAAUGUUGUUUGUUUCCAUGACGAUCUUGCUGAUGAUGAUGGCGAUGAUGAGCAUGGCAACCGGAAUGAUGGGGAGGAGGAAAAGGAAGAAGAGGAGGUUGAUGAUGCACGUAAUGCACGCGUCUCUUUAGCUUUCUCUCUCACCACAAUACCUUUUUCUACUUUCAUCCGCAGAUUCUUCAUUAUUAACUUUUAUUAUUUCUUCAUCACUUUUGAUCAUUUUGUUUUGAUUUUCUUUUGUUUCAGAGCUGGCAGGGAACUGUUCGGGAUAUAUCUAAUUCAUAUAAAGUCUUGUUUGUGCUGUAUUCAUAAUAAAAAUUUAUGAAAUUGAAAAACCAAUGGAAAAAAACUUCAGCAUUAUGAUUUUUCUCAUUCAAUUAGAAAAUGUAUUAACUGCACUAACAUAUUUUUAGGUUUUUACAUUUUCUUUACCACAUAUUAUAUGUGUUGUUAUAAGGGUAUAUGGUUUAAACCUACAUUUUAAAAUAUAGUUGAAAACAUUAUUUUCUUUCUCUUUGCUUAUUUCCUGUUUUUGUCUCCACCUUUUGAUUUUAGUUCACUCUUUGUUUUCUGUGAUUUUUAUUUCUGUUCAUACAAAGCAUGGCAUGAAAGUCUUUUAUCCCAAUACCUAGUAACGACCAAACUGCAUGUUUGAAUUCAAGAAUGUCAACCCAUCACUUUCAAAUCAUGAAUGUGUAUGUACAUGUAUAUGUAUGCAUGUGAUGUUUCCAAAUUUGAAGACUAUGGAGCAUACCAAACUAUUUCAGCCAGUACAUGUAGCUAGAACUUAAUAUCAGGAAAAACGCCCUAUUCUGCUCUCCUGUAGCAAUCUAUUCCAGAGGAAGCUACCAUAAACACUAUUGUGAAUGAGAUUAGACUUCAGAAAUGGAUAGUGGCCGUUUUGGUCACAGUUAGGCCUACUACAAGACUAGUAUUGAAUUUGUUUCAUAUAGAUAUGUAAUAAGAAAUACUGCCCCCUUCUGUUCUCUUGCAGACAGUCUAUUCCAGAGCAGACUGUCAUGAAUAAUCUGUAGGGAUCAGUCGCUGACCAACAAAUAGCAUCUGUUUUGGUUGUAGUUAGGCUUACUGUUUGUCUUGGAUGGAUUUAGAAUCAGAAAUACUGCCCUCUGUAGUUCUCCCCUAACAUGCCGAGUUCUUAGACAAGUCUACCUUAAACCAUUGGAAAAUAAUCCUAGCAUGUUGCUUCCUUGGUUUUGAUUAAUCACAGCAUGAUAUAUAUAUUCUUUUGUAUAGUGCUUGCCUGGCAUGUCUGUGACCACCAUGUGUAAAGCAUUGACUGUCUGCCUGCGUUUCGCAAUUUACCAGAUUUUAGAGUAAUGUCUUAAUUUAUGGGAAAACCUUUUUAAUGUGAGAUGGAUCUUACACAAUACAGGCAAGGCAGAACAUCAAUGUCCUUGAUUAAUAUUUUCAAUUUUGCAUGGAUCUAUGUGUAAUUGAUCCUUUUUUUCAUCAAUGCGCCUAUCAUCAAUUGCAUAAUGCAAAGCUCCCUCAAGUAAACAACGUCCCAGUAUAGAUCAUGACUUUUCCAAGUAGUACAGAUCAGGCAUCAAAGAUAUGAAUUUAUCAUGUAAGAACAUCAAUUUACAGCACUUUGCAGCACUAUAAAUGCUUUAUUUCUCAGAAAUUUGUAUCAGUAUCUGUAUCUGUAAUUUAUAGCAAUUUGUAUGUUAAUCUCAUCAACCCAUUAUGGCUUUUCAUCCCUCCAUCUGCCAAACUUAGCUGCCCAGGGCGUCAUGCCUUCAGGCGUCCAUCCAUCUCUCUGUUCCACUUAUGUUCUUGUGAUGGCCUUGGAGACAUUAGUAGGAUUUAUUUUCAACUUGAUGCCGAAAUUGGAAACGUGAAGCGUGUAUGAAAAUGCGAGUGAAAAUUAAUGUGAUCAGAGUUUUUGGGGAAAAAAAAUCAAGUGUUCAAAGAGAUGAUUGCAUGAUAUUAGAAUGGCCUAUACUCACUAUUCAAGGCGUAUUCUCACUAUGACUUGUGACUGUUUGACACAUCGACUUCCAACUGUGUUCACAUGCAUGUACAUGUAUAUGAUGAUGAUUUGAUGGGGGGGGGGGGGCUGAUAUCAAAUGUCACAAAGAAAGUAAUUGUAUUCAGUGGCAUACAGAUGGGGGGGGGGGGAGCUUAGGGGCACUUGCCCCCCUAAUUUUAUGCAACC